AUGGCUACUCUUGUUGCUCCCAAAGAUUCUUCUCCAAUUGAAGAUGCUGAAACUAUCAAGAGGGCAUGCAAAGGAUUAGGGACUGAUGAGAGAGCCCUAAUAUCCAUAUUAGCACAUCGAAAUGAAGCACAAAGAAAACUUCUUAGGCAGGCUUAUUUAGAUCUUUAUCACCAAGAUCUUAUCCAACAACUUAAGUGUGAAGUUUCAGGAAAAUUUGAGAGAAGUUUAUGCUAUUGGACAAUGGAACCAGCUGAAAGAGAUGCUGCAUAUGCUAAAGAAGCAUUGGAGAAAGCAACACCAAAUUAUUAUAAAAUAAUUAUUGAAAUUGGUUGCACUAGAACUUCAGAAGAGCUUUUGGCUAUAAAGCGUUCAUACCAGUUUCUAUACAAACACUCUCUUGAAGAAGAUGUGGCCUCUCACACAUUUAGUGACAUUAGGAGAUUGUUGGUUGCAAUAGUAAGCACUUACAGGUAUGAGGGACAUGUAAUUGAUGAGAGUGUGGCUAUUUCAGAAGCAAAUAUUAUUCAUCAAAUAAUUGAAAAGAAGGAUUUUAGCAAUGAUGAAAUCAUUAGAAUCUUAAGCACAAGAAGUAAGAAGCAGCUGUGUGUCACUUUCAAUUCCUUUAGGAACAUUUAUGGCUCAACAAUCACCAAGGGAUUAGUAGCCAGUCCAAGUGAUGAAUACUUAGAUGCACUGAGAACAACUAUUCGUUGCAUUAAGUACCCCCAAAGAUACUUUGCCAGGGUGUUACGCAAUGCCAAGAAUGAGUUGGGAGUUGAUGAUGAUGGUGUUAGCCGAGUUAUAAUCACCCGUGCAGAGGAGGAUCUAAAAGAAAUCAAGGAUCUCUAUUUUAAGAGGAACAAUGUCACCCUUGAAGAUUUUGUAACUAACAACAUAUCAGCAGAUGGAGAUUACAAGAAUUUUCUUCUUGCUUUGUUAGGCCGUAUCUGAAUUCACCACAGAUUUAAUAUUGAAAAACAAUUUCUGAUAUGUUUCAGAAAAUAAUAACAAUAAGUUAUAAACUAAUAAACUCUCUUAAACUUAGACCAUGGUUGGUUCAUGUUUCUUUUUACUGUUAUAGUGAAAAUUAUUCAU